GUUCACGUUUCAGGGAGGCUGAAGCCAGCACAGCCUGCCGAGGGAGCGCCCAGGCGAGCUGACAUGAAGGCUCCCGGAGCUGCCCUCGUCUCAGCCCUGGCGAUCCUGCUCCUUCCCGCUGGCCGGGCUCAGGGUUAUUUGGAGGCAACAGAAACGUCAGCGUAUAUGCCCGUGGGUGAGGAGAGUACAGAUGAAGAUACUACUAUUAUAAGUACAAUUGCUGCAAUGACGACGGAAACGUUAACUGGAAAUACGAGUUCAAUCCUCAUUGAGGAGGAAGAUAGUCAGCUAGAGUUUAUAUUAAUGGUGUUGAUCCCGUCGAUAUUACUGGCCCUCCUACUCUUAUCAGUGGUACUUAUUGUAAUAAAUUAUAAGAGGAAAAAAACUAAACAAGUGCCUUCUAGCCAAGGAUCUCAGAGUGUUUUACAGACAUAUGAACUGGGAAGCGACAACCUGAAAGUCCCUAUUUUUGAGGAAGACACACCCUCUGUUAUGGAAAUAGAAAUGGAAGAGCUCGAUAAAUGGAUGAACAGCAUGAAUAGAAAUGCCGACGGUGAAUGUUUACCUACUUUAAAAGAAGAAAAAGAAUCAAACCACAGCCCAAGUGACAAUGAAUCCUAAACCUGAAUGGUGCUAAUGUUUUCGGAGAGAAUCAGCCCUGGAGGGAGCCUGCUGGGCCAAAAGAGGAUGAAGAGGACAUAAAUUUAAUUCAUUUCAAAUCAACAUAGACACAAGAACCUUUUGCUGUUUCUUCCAACACCCACUCUUCCUAAUGAUGGCAUCACCUGUACUCGGAAGAAUGUGCAAUUGAGAAGUACGAGGAAAAGGCCUGGCUGACAUCCAUCUCUGAGGGUGGAGGAACCAUAUGAUACACUCACCUCGAAUCAAUGGUUGAUCCCUCUCAGCCAGCCUCUCGCUGACUGCACUCACUUCGGCCAUGCUUUCUUUGUCCUUGUUACCUUUCUGUUUCAUUCCUCAGGGUUUAAAUCAGGAGGCUGUUUUAUCUAUGGUUUCCUUCUGGGUCACCUUGUUACCUAAUUAGCUUUGGAUAAUUUCCUCUGAUUAGUCAAGGCCUUUGA